GAGAUAUAUAUAUAUAUUUAUAUAUAUAUAUAUAUACAUAUGGCAGAGGUGAAUGAUCAUUUAGAGAUUAAGUUCCGGUUAAGUGAUGGUUCAGAUAUCGGUCCUAAAUCGUUUCCUGAUGCUACAACCGUUGCAACAUUGAAAGAAACUGUUGUUGCUCAAUGGCCUAGAGAAAAGGAGAAUGGGCCAAAGACAGUUAAAGAUGUGAAAUUGAUAAGCGCGGGUAGAAUAUUGGAGAACAACAAAACGGUUGGAGAUUGCAGGAGUCCUCUCUCAGGUGCUGUCACCACAAUGCAUGUUCUCAUCCAACCUCAGGUUACUGAAAAAGAAAAGAAGAAGAAGCCUAAAGGUGAUUUGAAGAAACAGAACAAAUGUGUGUGUUUAUGUUUUGGACGUCGGUUUUAA